GGCGCGGCGGUGGCUGUCCAGGUCUUGAACUCGUCGGAAGUGGCCCGCAGUUGGAUGUCUGUGUCGUUUGCGGGGGUUGAGCUGGUCGACCUCGUCGCCUUCCAGGCCCGGUUGGCCCCAGUGCGACGCGCGGUGGCUGAGCGCGACCUCGCAGCCCUGAACCAGGACGCGCUUCGCGGGACAGGGCGGGCCAAAUUGGCGUCGGAGAUGAUUUCUGCUGCGCGGCGGAAGGCGAGAUUGUGGGUUCCGCCUGCAAAACAGUUCACGCUUCGAGCCGCGCGCGUCGGUGACUCGUUCAACGCAGAUCCAGAGGCGAAACUGACGGCUCUCGCAGACGAUUGGGCCCCUGUUCCGGCGCGGCCGCCAACAUUUCCCCUGCGCGCCAAGCUGCGCGCGCAGAAGUUUGUCACGGCCUGCGACUACCCGAGCAUGGCGCCACCAUCGGGCCUGCGACUACCCGACUACUUGCUCGUACCCUUCGCCGGCUGGCUCUGUCUCGGUCGGCACCAGGCGUCGAUGGUCUCCCAUGCGCGGCGUGGGCCGGUCACGGUGAAGGGGCAGAGGGACUAUGGUAUUGAUCGGUCCCCAGAUUCUGUUCGCAUGCUUGGGCUGCGGAAUACCGAUAUGAAGGUCAUCUCGGCGAUGCUCAGCGCCUCCUUCACCCCGAUUCUGCAGCUGACGACGUCCAUGGCGCAGCGCGGCUUCAUCGCUGGCCGUCAGUUCGCCUCUAACAUCCCCGAGAUCGACGUCAUGGCAAGAGUGGCAUCAGUGGCACCGCAGGCUGAAACCAAGCGCCCACUCCUGGUAGCACUGGACUUCGGCCAGGCGUUCCCCAGCCUCAGCCAGGAGCACCUCUUUGCAAUUCUGGAAUAG